CCGCUUUGCAGCGCUGGUGGGAAAGGAUAAAGAGUGCUUUGUCCGACGUAGAAUGCCAUGUUUUUCUUCAGCAGUCAACAAAAUCAAAUAUGUUUCCCCACUUAGCACCGUUUACGGCUGUUACAUGGGCACUCGCUGUCUCUGCUGCUCCCACCCGUAGCAGACAGUCCGAGAACCCAUGCCAGCAGAUCGCUCAUCGGUACGAGCAGGCGACCAAUGCAAACCAAACGAGAGGAUUUGUGGUUCCCGGAGAGCUAGCACAUGCAUGUCUUCUCACAAUGCCCUUCGAGCCCGAGAAGGGCGUCUCGUUUGUGGAGACGCUGGUGGAAUACCUGCAAUGGCAGUCGACGAGUGAUGUUCUCAAGAACCCUCCAUCUGGUUACCUCUCAAACCGCACAGACAUCUUGGGUAGCAUGGAAGACAUCCGCAUCAAGGCUGCCACCGGAAACUACUCGAGCCAGUACGAGUUCGAUAACGAUAUCACACGUGUAUUCCAGUCCGCAAAUGACGGGCAUCUGAGCACCACAUUAUGCUCACAGGAAGUCUUUCAGUUUUACGUCAACUUCCCUAUUGUGUCAAUCUCUAGCGACGGACUGCAGCUCCCCAAGCUUUACACGACACAUGAUGCUGGCCUUCUUGCCACGAACUCCACGCGGAUUUCCCCUAUUAUCACGAUCAAUGGCUACGAUGCAGUGAUCUACCUGAUCCAGCUCGGAUCUACUCUGGGAUUCCAGGACCCAGAUGCACGGUACAACGAGAUGUUCCCAUCAGCAGCCCGUGAAGUCGGUGAUGGGGUGGAGUAUGGUGCCUGGACUUCCAACAAUGGCCGGUGGCCCGGCAGCUCCGAGUUCACCGUGGCAUUCGGCAACGGCACGGUCGCCCAAGUACCCACCAUGGCCGAGGUGUACGAGGGCCAAAAGUUCACUUAUCCCAACGGAACAUCUGUCUAUGAAGCCUUCUGCUCCACUAUCGACAGCACCUCCAGCAGCAAGGCCACCAGAUCCACGGUCCAGACGAAAGCUGCGCCGACAGCCUACCCCGAGCCAGUCAUGCGCGAUUCCUACAACCUCAUCUCUGGCUACUACCUGAACGAGACAGAUAUGCAGGACGUGGCCGUCCUCUUCGUCCCCUCCUUUGACACCGCAGCCAUGGGCCUCAAUGAACCCCUAGCCUUCGCCAACCACGCCACCCAGUUCAUCCAGGCCGCCGUGGCCACCGACAAGAAGAAGCUCAUCAUCGACCUGUCCGGCAACCCAGGCGGUACCGUCUCCUCCGGAAUGGAUCUCUUCAAGCUAUUCUUCCCCCAGAAGCCCGUUUACAGCGCUACCCGAUUCCGCGACCACGAAGUCGCCAACAUCAUCGGACAAGCCUUCAAUACUAUCCCUCAUGACUCGGAUGCCUGGCAGGUGGUCUCCGAGCUCCCAUUCACCGGCGUCACCCCCAACCAGACCUACGCCUACCAGACCUGGCAGGAAUACAGCGGUCCGCACUACCAACUCGGCGCCAACAUGUCCAGCCUCGCCGCCGUCGCCAACCUAACCAUCAUGUCAACCUGGACCACCCCGAUCCGCAGCUACGGCGUGUUCAAGCAAAACACGACCACCUCGCCAUUCGCCCCCGAAAACAUCCUAAUGAUCACCGACGGCUUCUGCAGCUCCACCUGCACGACCUUCAUGGAACUAAUGAAAACCUCCGGUGGCGUAAAAACCCUCGCCUUCGGCGGCCGCCCACAAUACGCCCCCAUGGCCAGCAUGGGCGGUGUCCGCGGCGGCGAAUCCCUCACAUCCAGCACCAUCGACGAAUACACCGAGCUGGCGCUCGAAUACGCAACCGAGCAAUCCACCGCCGGGACACCCAUCCUCACCGAGCAACAAAUCGCCCGACUGAACUCCACCCCCGCGUUCACGGAUAUCCCGUUUAAAUGGAACGGGUUGGAAUUGAAUUUCCGGAAUGCGUAUGCGCCGGGGAAUGGCACGGUACCGUUGCAGUUUGUCACGGAUCGGGCGGAUUGUAGGUUGUUUUUUACGUAUGAGAAUGUGGUGAGGCCGGUGUCGAUGUGGGGGGCUGCGGCGAGGGCCGUUUGGGGGGGUGGGGGGUGUGUUCCGUUUGAGGUGGGGGGUGGGGAGGAUGAGUGA